GGACUGCAGUCUGGGCCCGCAGGCCGGUCCCCUCGAGGCAGCGGGCAGCUUUUCCCCCUUCCUGGAGGGUGGAAGGGGGGGUCUCAACCUCUCCCCCCUCCCAGGAAUAUUUGUCGCCGCUUGCCCAUCACCGUGGGGGCUGAGAGGAGUUUGACAGCUCUUUGUUGUCUGUGUAAGGAGGGGGGGGGGACACCGGUGGCAGCUCCUGGGCGCGGACUCCUCCCCCUGAAUUACCCCAAAUGGGUUGGCUUUCCUCGCCAACAAAUUGGACACAGCUCCGGCAAGCUUCACUCCCAAAUCCAACCUAGAGGCAACUGGGAACUUUUCGAGGCACCGGGAACCGCAGCUUAUUUGCCGCUAUCGAUUGUUCCUUUUCUUUUUUCCAAAUACCGCCCCCCCUCCCCGAAUCCUGCUCGGCUGGGCUUGAUAUCCUUGCAAAAGAGGGAGAGGAAAAAGAAGAAGAAGAAGAGGUCGGCGUAGGACUGGCUUGCACUGGGCCGGCUGCGUCUGGCGGCUCUUUCCCCCCCACUCUUCCUUUCUUUCCUUCUUUCUUUCUCUCUCUUUUCUCUUUCUUUCUCCCUGUUUCUAGCGCAGCCCGCUGCAAAGCCCAGCCCGGACAGACCCCCGUGAGCUCACUGCGGCGCUUCCCUCUUCGCGACCCGCCCGGCUGGGGUUUGCUCCGGGCGCCCGCCCGCCUCGCCAAGAAGAAGAAGUCCGAGCCUUGCGCUCCCGGCGGGGGGAGCCCCCUCGGCCCGCCCGCCCGCCGUCCCCCCGGAGCCUUUGCGGGCUCUCCCCCUGGGCGCGCCGCUUCGGAUGCUCUGACUCGAGACUCUGGGGCCCGUAUAUGGAAAUAGUGGGGUGCCGAGCCGAAGGAAACGCGUGUCCCUUCCGUCCGCCAGCCAUGCUGUUCCACGGCAUCUCCGGAGGCCACAUCCAAGGCAUCAUGGAGGAGAUGGAGAGGCGCUCCAAGUCCGAGUCGCGGCUGGCCAAAGCCGGGCAGUUGAACGGCAGGGAAGCGAACAUGCCCCCUCUGAGCCCGGAGAAGCCUGCCUUGUGUGCUGGGUGUGGAGGCAAGAUCUCCGACAGAUAUUACCUGCUGGCUGUGGACAAGCAGUGGCACCUCCGGUGUCUUAAGUGCUGUGAAUGUAAACUGGCUUUGGAGUCAGAACUCACGUGCUUCGCCAAGGACGGCAGCAUUUACUGCAAGGAGGACUAUUACAGGUUCUCCGUGCAGAGAUGUGCCCGCUGCCACCUGGGCAUCUCGGCCUCGGAGAUGGUGAUGCGGGCGCGGGACUCGGUCUACCACCUCAGCUGCUUCACCUGCACCACGUGCAACAAGACGCUGACGACGGGCGACCACUUCGGCAUGAAGGACAACGUGGUCUACUGCCGGGCGCACUUCGAGAGCCUCCUGCAGGGCGCCGACCCCGCCGCCUACCCGCCGCCGCAGCUGAGCUACACCGAGCUGGCGGGCAAGGGCGGCGGACUGGCCCUGCCCUACUUCAACGGCACCGGCACCGUCCAGAAGGGCCGACCCCGCAAGAGGAAGAGCCCCGCCCUGGGCGUCGAUCUGGUCGCUUACAACUCAGGUUGUAAUGAAAAUGAGGCAGAUCAUCUGGACAGAGACCAGCAGCCUUACCCCCCAUCUCAGAAGACCAAGCGUAUGCGCACUUCUUUUAAACACCACCAGCUUCGUACCAUGAAGUCCUACUUUGCCAUUAAUCACAACCCAGAUGCCAAGGACCUCAAACAGCUUGCCCAGAAAACGGGCCUAACCAAGAGAGUUCUGCAGGUUUGGUUCCAAAACGCAAGAGCCAAAUUCAGAAGGAACCUUUUGCGACAGGAGAAUGGGGGUGUUGAUAAAACUGAUGGCACGUCACUUCCGGCACCGCCCUCAGCAGACAGCGGCGCUCUCACUCCACCCGGCACUGCGACCACUUUAACAGACCUGACCAAUCCCACUAUCACUGUAGUGUCAACAGUGACCUCUAACUUGGACAGCCACGAUUCCGGAAGCCCCUCACAAACUACCUUAACAAACCUUUUCUAACAUUUGACUUAAAAACAAAAACAAAUUCUUCUUCUUUUCUUCUUCUUUCUUCAUUAUUAUUAUUAUUAUAUUAUUAUUAUUAAUAUUAUUUGCAAGACUUUUUAAAAAAAAAACACCACAAAAUAUUUGGGAAAACCCAGCUUGGUGUGUAGCAUUCGCAGCCACUUGGCAAAUGAGUUUGCAGUAACCUAACUUUAUUAUGAAGUUACAUGCUCUGUCUAUAAAUUGUAUUCAGACUUUUUAAAAGAAAAAUUAUUUGCCAAAUUAAAGGGAGUUUUCAAUCAUUCUAUUAAGUGCCUCUUAAAAUUGUAUGUUCCUUAUUUCCAGAAUCUUGAAAACAAUGGUUACUAUGGAAGUCGUAGAAUUGUGUUUCCAAACAAAGCCACAGGUUUCUUCCAACUGUUGGCACCUUAAUCUUAAAGACGAUAUACUUGUAAGCAAGUCCCGUUGAGUAAGGCUGGAGAAGGUUAUUUUGGUGCCUGAAAUGGAAAGUGCAAACAAUUCCAGUCCCUAGCAGUUGUGAAAAACCCCAAGACAAUUUGGCACUCCAACAUCUGCCAUAUGUGGUAAUAGUUUCUUUCUAUCCCAUAAUAGAGACAGUCCUGUUUUUGAGUCCAAUGAAACUUACUUCUUGGUAAAUUUGCAGCCUUAAAGGCUGCUUUUGAAUGCUACUGUUUCAUUUGCAGAAGUGCAUGCAGGUCACUUCUGUUAUGAAAACCAAGAUGCCAGAAAAACCUUUCUCUAUCUCUUUGCAAGUCAGUGUGAUAUAUGUGGCUGCUGGAUUAAUGGCAAUUCCUUUGUUCUGCAGACCACAGUGGCCACAGUAUUUGUGAUGUGAAUUUGUGACUCUUUUGUAACAAGAAGAAUUAAUUAGAUUUGUACACCAUCACCACAUCAUGGUGUGGUUUGGUUGACAUGCCCAAUUGGCAAUUGCUUGGUAUGGUAAAUGAGGCAUGAGACCUAUGUGCCACACCCAGGGAGCCACACCAAGCCAAGGAGAGAAGCAACCAUCACAAAACUAGACAUCAUGUGAAGCAGGGUCAAUAAAAAUAACUGAACAAAGGUGUCUAUCAGGGUGAAUACAGACAACAACUUACUAGGAGUAAUGACACAACUGUGCAACUCCAGGGUACAUGCUCUCACUGAAAGGUAACUUACAUGUAAUCCUCUUCAGAGUUACUCCAGUUCACUAUUGAUUCCAAUGGAUUUGACUGCAGUAACUCUGCAAAGGAUUGCACAGCCAGUCACCUGUGGAUUUUACCACACAUGAGAUGCAGAUACAUGAUUAAAUGACUGUAUUUGCAAAAUCUAAAUAACAACUUUCCAGUGUGUGCUUAUAAUCUUGCAGGGUUAGGGUUAGAUCCAAAUCACCAGGAGUCCAGUGAAGCUUGAGGAAUAGUACUUUCCCAGCUCUUCUUUCUGCCCACCCCUCAAAUUCUGCUCUUGGGGCCCAGGAACCUUCCGGAAUAGCAUGGAGGACAAAACAAGGUUUGCAUUGGGAAGGGACAAUCAGUAAAAAUCAUGACGCCCUCUUCCAUCAAUGAAAGUAGCAUAAACAAAAUUACAUCAACAGAAUGGCACCUCUGGAUCCAACCUUUAAUAGGCUUUUGUAUUAUCCUGCCAAUUAGUAGGGAUAGUGUUACUAUAUUUCAUACCUGCCUUUAUGCACACUGAGUGUAGUUCAGCCAGAGCCUGUGUGGGAACAAGCUGCAUGUAUGUAGGGAAUCUGUUUUUUGUACAGCCUAAGCAAACACAUAGCUUAUGCAUGUACAGUUUAUACACAUAGGUUCUUACAGAAGUUUAAGAUGACUGUCCAUGCGGAUGGACUGUGCAUGUGGAUGGGAUGCAGCUAGUGGGUAAUCUUCUCCCCUCCCAAUGUCCAGUGACUGUACUCACAUGUAUUCAUAUUCAGUUCUUUGAGAAUAACAGGCUUGAGCAAUGUUCAGUCCACUGCAGUAUGUACUGAAAGGUUUUACUUCAGAUUUCUAAUUUUCAUAUGUUUAUUAUCAGAGCACUUAAAGCUGUUCCCUAUGUUCAAUUUCUAUCCAUAUAUUAAAAAGUGGCAACUUUAUUAUCCAUACAUUAUUUCACUGCGUUUGGAAUAAGAUUAAACCUAGUAUAAAUGAAAGAAGAGAACAGACUGAUGAUGAGAGCACUGGAUAUGUAGAUUCCAGAUCCAAGAGGCAAGCUAAUCAAUUUCCGUCUUUGUGAUCCUCCAGACUUAGUAGACAAAUGACUGCACAGGAAAAAAUAAUUGUCUGGUGGCCUGAAGACUGGGCCCCAAAGCCCCAUUUGCACUACCAAAUAAGUUUUACCCAGAAGGAAAGACAAUUUGUUUGUGCAUGAGUAUCAGAGAGAGAGAGAGAGAACGUGUGUGUGUGUCCACACUUCAGUGUUAUCUCUCUUUGUGCAUGCACUCAAUCAUCAUGAAGCUCCAAUAGCUAUAUGACACCAAUAUUAACAGGAUUGUCAAUAUGUCAGUGUCCCUUGUGGCCGGCAGACUGCAAUCCAGAAAACAGAGCAGCCCCUGAAAAUAGAGAAGUUGACCAUUUCUGCUGUAGCACAGUGCAAACGCUGAUCCCAAGGCCACAACUGUAUGGACACUUAUUUGGGAGAAAGUGCCACUGACUACAGUGAGGCUUAUUUCUACAUAAAUAAACACAGGGUCCACUGCUUGCAUACUAUUCUGAUUUCUGAGGAAGUCACUUUCAAGUAAUACACACAAUCCAGAUAAAAUUAAGCACUAAAACCCAUCAAUUGCAGUGGGUGAGUUCAGCAUACACUGAACUUUGCCACUGAGGUAAAAAAGUACUUAAAUUUAGAAUUGGAGGGGCUUGCAUCAUCUAUGCCAGUCUGAAGAUCUUGAUAAGAGUACAUUCGUUUGUUAGAGUUAAAAUGUCUAGAGUUCUGUACUUCUGCUAGAUUAAUUCCUCUGAAAUCAAACGAUAUUGAUAGUUGUAGCCAAAUAAUUGGAGGUUAAACUGUUGAAACCUUUUCAGUUUUGUUUCCCAUUAUGAGCAUAACCCAGCAAAAGUGAAAUGGGAUGGCUGGAGCACACCCUAAAAUCAAAAUUGGAUUCAUGUUAAAAAGUAUGGACAGAAUUUUGUCUUUAAAAUAUUAACAUUGAUGCCUACUAUUAAGGAAACUCUCAACAUAAAUCAUUUUCAGGGUAGAUGGAAAUAAGCAAAAUAUGAUUUCUUAAGAUGUUUAAAAGCUAAUUCUAGUAUUUCUUAUUGGCUGCUUUAUAAAGCAUACUUUAGAUUCUGUGUUUUAAAGCAUAAUAUUCAAAAUGGACAAUUCAGCAAAAUGAGUUCCGAUUAUGAUAACAAUCCUGUGUGUACUGAUUUGGGAAUAAAUCCAAUUAAACUUUUUGUGAUUUACAUCCAUGUCAACAUGCAUAGGUUUGUUCUGAAAGUCCCACUGAAAGUUCCUAUGUGUACUGAUUUGGGAAUAAAUCCAAUUAAACUUUUUGUGACUUACAUCCAUGUCAACAUGCAUAGGAUUGGACUGAAAGUCCCACUGGAGUUGCAUCUACUAGUCACAACUAAGGGCCAAACCGCACAAGAUGUUCAGCAUAAGUCAAGAUUCUACUGAUCUGACACAUUCUCUGCAGCCAGAUAACAACUGUGGGGCAACUCAUUUUUCAGUUUGGACUGGGACUGUGGUUUGGGAAAGAGGGAAGUCUGCCUCCUCCUGUGCCAUUUUCCCAUCCCAAAACAGACCCAGGAGCAUUUGCUCCCUUUGGGGCUGCACAUUCACUGCUUUCAAUGGGACAACCCUCAUGACAAACAUUUGCUGGAUUAUAUCCAUUAGAAAAACUUUAGUUCAUAUGGUGUGAGUAUAUGUAUUUACACAUUUGUAAGAAUGCAAAUAAAUACAUACACAUAGGCUGGCAAAAUCUAUCACAGAGAUAAGAAUACUAAAACUCAUUGGAAUUGCUGGUCAUAAGUAUAUUUCACUAUAGUCCCCUAGUUUUGUUUUUUUAAAAAACACAUUUUAGAAGUACAGGGAAAAAAUCUUACAAAUUGUGCAUUUAAAACUCCAAAACUUUGAAGCCGCUAAACUCAAAAGCCUUGUGGAUGCAUUGCUGAUUGAAAUAACUUUCCUAGUUUAUACUUGCAAGUGUUUGGUUAAUUUUUUUAAAAAAAAUAUUUAAGCUAAAAGUCUGAAUGGUCUGGGCAGUGGUGAAUGUUCAUUUGUAUCCUUUAUUCUGAAAAACCCUAAUAGAUGUGGAAUCCUCCCAAACCAAACAAAUCUGUUAAGAUCUGUUUGGAUGGAUUGUUAAGAAUGACUUUUGCACAAAUACUUUUUAUUUUAGCCUCUUCCCCCACACCCCCCUCAAUCAAAUAUCUUUCUUUAAAAAAUUUUAUUUUUAGUACACAAAGUGAUUAAGAAAGGAAUUCUUUUUUUUGUUUUACUAAUGUGUGGAUGCAUAUUGACAGUUCACUGCCCAUAUUAAAGUGCAUUAUAGUAACUUUUGCUCAGGGUUUUUAAAAAAAUUAGCACAGAAAAGUAGCUUAUUUAAAAAAGGAAGAGAUGUUAACACUGUAACAAAGGAAAAUGUGUCUUUGUCAUUAUAUAUUUAGAAAGUGUGGUCAUCAUCUUCUGUGACGCUUAAGGCUGCUGACCUAAAGCACAUUUAGAUGGAAGUAAGUUCAAUUGACAUGAAUGGAAUUUACUUCUAAACUGAUACAUUUAGGCUUGAGGUGCCAACCUUGAACUUUUCCUGUUUCUAUUACCUUAUGGGCAUUUACCACUAACCAGACCAAACAACCUUGGAAAGGCUCAGAUCUUUAUUAAUACAUUUUUACAGGUACAAAAAAAUGAUACUUAUAAAUUUUGUUCUUUGACAGAACAACUAUAUGGUACUAUAGAUCUACUUUAUUAAGUAGACUAAUUAUAACUCAGUUCUGCAAUGUGCCUUAUGAUAUAACUUGGGAGUAAGCUUGUGGAAAAAAUCAGGAUAUAUAUGUGUUGUUUGUUAAAUUAACUGUUUCAAGCCCUUUUGACACCUCACUAGUUUUGUACUGUUUUACCUCUUAUUUCUGAAACUCUUUUUAUGGUGUAUCCUGGUAGAGGGGACAAACAUGUCAUAGAAAGCAGUUGUGCACUCUUUCGGAUAUAGUUGAUAAAUUCAAUAAUCUUAUAUAUUGAACUUCGUGUUUAUAGUACAGUUAAGUGGUCUAGCAAACUUUGUCCAUGUUUCUUUGUUUUAUUGAGAAAUGCAUUGUAUAGAAACUAUUUCCCCUAAAUAUUUAUGGACCAAACAAUUGUGAUAUAUCCUAUUAAAUUUGUGUGAAUAAACCAUUUUGAAUUGAA